GCCUUCACUCGUCCAGUACCAUGGACAUUUGCACCAUAUGUCCCUCUGUUCAUGGAUGACAGGGCCGACAUUUGCCUCCGGGGCCGCUCUGAAAGUGACUCAAGGCCCAAUGAUACCUCUAUAGACACACACACCGAAUCACUCUUUCUACCCGAUCUUUUAAUUUUAAAGCAAUCAUGAGCGAAGGCUGGGACUCCGUUACUCGCAUUGGCACCAAGCACAAGGGUGGCCCCGCUCCCCGCGAGACCGUCGUCAAGGGCAAGAGCGCUUUGAACGCCGCCCAACGCCAGGGCCUCGUUAUUGGAACCGAGAAGAAAUAUGCAUCCGGAAACACAGCUGGCCGCUCUGGUGCACCCGAAGGCCAACAUCUCACUAAGGUCGACCGCAGCGACGACAUCGUUAAGCCCAAGACCGUCGGGCUGCAAGUUGCAGACGCCAUCAAGAAGCGUCGAACUGAUGAGGGAUACAAGAUGACACAGAAGGAGCUCGCCACCAAGUGCAACACCACAGUUACCGUCAUCCAGGAUUUCGAGAGGGGAUCAGCUACCCCCGACCAGAAGGUACUUAGCGCUAUGGAGCGCGUACUCAACGUCAAGCUGAGAGGCAGUGACAUCGGAAAGGAGAAGUUCCCUAAGAAAAAGUAAAGAGACCGGGGGUGAGCCCGCGACUUUUUCUUUGGGGGAGGGGGGGCAUCGUUAAUGACUUUUUUUUUUUUCUUUGGCCUUCAUGUCCCAGGCUGUUUCUCGGUUGUUAUUUUAUGCCCUCCAUUGAAUGAUAUGACAUGUUUUAUUCGGUGACUUGAUUUGCGUUCAUAAGCGUCAACUUGGUGUUGAACUGGUUAAGACAUGAAUA